AUGGCCAUAUUUGAAUUGUUGGAUUAUAUUGUGAAUGAACCACCGCCAAAGUUGCCCGCUGGUAUCUUCAGCGAUGCUUUUACAGACUUCGUGGAUCGUUGCUUGAAGAAAAAUCCCGCCGAAAGAGCAGAUUUAAAAACGUUAAUGAAUCACGAGUGGAUAAAGAAAGCCGAGUCUGAGAAUGUAGACAUCGCUGGUUGGGUAUGUCGUACAAUGGAUCUACAACCGACCACUCCAACCCGUUUAGCGAACGUACAAUCCUGA